AUGGUGAUGAAUGGGCUCCAGGAGCUGGCGGGGGUGGCCGGCGGGGCGAUCGUGCACCCGGCGAUGGUGACGGAUGAGGAUUUCGCGCAGAUCAAGGCGCCGGUGCUGGCGCUGCCGAGCAAGGACGAGCCAGACUUUUCCAAGGGCAUUGCGCAGGCCAAGGCGCUGGCGUUUGGGGCGCAGUGCGAGCUGGUCAGAUUCGACGACAUGUUCCACGGGUUCUGCGGUGCCCGCGGCGACUGGUCGAACGAAACGCAGGCGAAGCGCGCCAAUGACGCAAUCAAGCUGCUGGUCAAGUUCUUCAAUGACGUGUCGACCAGCGCCUCUCUCUAA